AUGAGUACUAGACUGAUUAAAGGUCGCAAAAGUGUUUGUCUCGCGAAGAUAGAAAAUAAGAAUAAUCGACAAGUGUCUUUCUCAAAACGCCGAAAUAGUGUCUUUAAGAAAGCAAACGAGCUUGCCGUUAUGACGUGUGCUGAAGUUGGCAUCAUCGUGUUUCCACCAGGUAACAAGCCUUACUUUUUUGGUCAUCCAAAUGUAAAUGAAACCAUCCACAAAUAUGUUUGCGAAGAAAGGUCUCCAUCACCAUCAUCACAAGCAAACUCAAGGAAAAAAAAUAAGAAUUUGGAGAGCCAACAAGAGUUGUUCAGGGGUCCUAUAGAGAAGAUGAACUACACGGAGGCUUCAAUGUUGAAAGAGGGAUUGGAAGAUUUGCUCUUGAAGGUGAAGAACUAUGGCACUAAACGUGGUUAUGGUUACGAAAAUGCAAAGUGGAAGGCUGAAUAA